AUGGAGGCUGAUAUGCCUCCCCCGGCCUUCACGCCCAACCAGCAGGAGGCCGAUGAAGUUAUGAAGUUCAUACUUAAGCUCAAUGACGCAGCUUCAAACAAGCCCAUUCCCGACGUGGCGGACGUUGACAGCGGUGAUUCGAAUGCAGUGGGCAACAAUGUAGUCUCGAAGCUGGAAUCUAUACUCCAGAAGCUUCACGACAUGACUGAAGAUCACAAACCCGAGGACUACAGCGACUGCCGUUUCGGUAACAAGGCACAUCCCCAUUGGCUACAUGCAGUUCAAGAAAUGUGGGACGAAAUCGCAGAUGCGCUCGGGCUCGUUGAGGCGUGCCCUAGCCAAAGCAUGCGCCUUAUGAUCCGUGGCAAUUUUAUCCACUCAUUUGGAAACCAAGUGCGCAUAGAUUACGGAACUGGUCAUGAAUUGCAAUUUGUGAUGUUUCUGAAGCGACUGCGCGAUGUUGGUUUGAUAAGUAAUGAGGAUUUAAGUGGUGUCGCCCUUAGGGUGAUGUCCAGAUAUUUCCGGCUUAUCCAGCACCUGAUUGACAGGUACAGGCUUGAGCCUGCUGGAAGCAAAGGAGCAUGGGGCAUUGACCACUAUCAGUUUCUGCCUUUUGUGCUAGGUUCCGCCCAGCUAGCGUCGAACGAGACCAUCAAGCCGAGCGAGGUCAUUUUGCACGGAUUCAAACUUCCAGAGGAAGACAAGUACAUCUUUCUGCAGACCAUCGAGUACAUUAAAAAGACAAUCCUACAUCUACCCGUCACCGAAUGGCCUAUCGUGGAGUGUUUGAUUGCGUUCUACUCGACAAAUUUUCCGCUUGAGAAGGCCAUCGAUUACGUGAGGCGUUACAGGCCCAUAGUUCUCAAUGACGUCGAACGACAACGGGUCUUUAAAUCCAGGCUCGAUGUCUAUCGCGAGCUGCAGGCAUGCCGCAUCCCCCACCCCAACUACGUUGUGGUGGACCACGAGGCCGUCAGGAGGGGCAAGGCGACCUUCGAAGAAAACGAGGAUUACAUAGUCUACAACAACGUUAAGCUAAAGAAGCCCUUCAUAGAAAAGCCCAUUGAUGCCGAUAACCACAACAACUGGAUUUACUACCCGACCAACACCGGUGGCGGCUGCAAGAAGCUGUUCCGCAAAGUGCACGACAGGAGUUCGCGGUACUGUGCAGAUGUCAACACCGUGCGACGCGACGGUACCUACAUAUACGAGGAGUUCAUGUCCACCUUUGGUACGGACAUAAAGGUGUACACGGUUGGUUGUAUGUUCGCCCAUGCAGAGGCGCGCAAAUCACCGACGCUCGACGGCAAGGUUAAUCGGAACACGGAUGGCAAGGAGAUGCGUUAUCCGGUUAUUUUGACGGCAAAGGAGAAGGUCAUCGCUUACAGGAUCGUUGAGCACUUCCGUCAGGUGGUCUGCGGCUUCGACAUUCUGCGUACCAUAAACGGUCCUUAUGUCUGCGACAUCAACGGCUGGUCGUUCGUGAAACACAGCCGCCACCACAUGGACCUGAGCCAGAUCAUCCGCAUCAUGUUCCUGCUGAAGCUGCAGAUGAAAUACAACAUAACACUUGACAAAGUUAUACCCGCUCGCAUAGUGACCAACGAGACCGUGGAGGCUCUGAAGAAGACCUUCGUCGAUAUUGACCAAACCAUCGACAGGUCUGAGUCGCAGGAGGAACUGUGUUCCGUUGUAGUCAUCAUGCGUCAUGCGGACCGCAAACCCAAGCAGAAGGUGAAGAUCAUGACGUCGCACCCAUUGAUCGUCGGGUACUUCGAUGGCACCACGGACAAGCAGAUAAACCUGAAAGCGCCGGAGGAUAUGAAGCGUUUUACCGCUGUAAACAAAACCAUUUUGGACGAACUGGAGGCAGAACUGGUUCUGUGCAAUCCUCCAAAACAUUCUGACGAAGCCAACGAGGCAGAUAACCCUGCAUUAGUUGCACUGAAUGAACGGUUAACGUUGCACAAGGAGCUGGAGAACAUGUUGCACUCUUCCGAAGGAUUCGCCGGUAUUAAUAGGAAAAUACAGUUGAAGGGCAAAUUUGAUGACGAAGGUAAGGUGCAACAGGUCCUCGUGGUUGCUAAGUGGGGCGGUGAAUUAACAUCGGUUGGCCAGUGCCAGUCCGAAGACCUUGGGCGGCGAUUCAGGCAAUCGCUUUAUCCAACGGACUGCACGGGGCUUGUCAGGUUGCACAGUACCUACCGCCACGAUUUCAAGAUCUUUACGUCGAAUGAAGGUAGAUGCCAGCUCACAAGCGCAGCCUUCACCAAGGGCAUCCUGGACCUUGAGGGUGAGCUGACACCCAUUCUGGUCGCCAUGACGAUCCGUGAUAAGCGAGCGCAAAUGCUGCUCGAUGAUAACGUCGAGGUGCCAGAACGCAACCAGUGCAAGGACCGACUAAGCAGCCUCAUGGAGAACUGGGGAAACCAAGCUGAGGUGGAAAGGCUUCUGAUGAACAUGGAUGCCGACGAGGCUAAGUACUAUCGGAAGGCUCUGGAGAAAAUGAACUUUCAAACUGAGGACAUGAACCGGCUUACUAAGCUGCUGAACGAGUUCAUGAAUGCACUGGACCACGAGAUAACCAAGUGGAUGUACCUCUAUUCCGUUGAUGAAUAUGCGACCAGCGUCCUGGAGAUCCUGCAGGACAUGGCGCUGCGCUGGAAGAAUCUGACAACCAAACUUUAUAAGGGACCGGAAUGCAAGUUUCAAUAUACCAUGAUCGCGGAUAUUGUCGACAACCUGCGGUACGACCUUAUACACCACCACACGUACCUCGGCGGAGGACUUGACACCGCUUUCGAAAUAUACAACCUGGUUGGACCGUUGUCAGCGAUAUUGUCGCCGUGCGAGUAUGGGGUAACUCCAAGGGAGCGUCUAACUAUAGGAAUGAAGGUCGCAGGGAGGUUGCUGCAGAAGAUCGUUCACGACGUUACGCUGCACAAGAACUCCCGUGUCGUGACCAAUAAGGCCGUUUACCAGCAGCGCAAUCGUGACCAGCUUUAUGCGAAGCUGGUGGAGCAAAAUGUCAUCUGCCAUGAACGGCGCAACUCCAUCCAUGAAGGAUUCGACGAAUAUUACAGGAACAGAAUGCCGCAUGAGCGGACAUCUUCUGAACCAACCGAUUUCGUUCCCAAGGCAGAAAGUUUGGAUAUACAGAACAUGGUACGCACCGCCACAGCGGAUCCGUCGAAGAAAAUAUCACUCAUCGCUUCCACGUCCGCGAGCGCGGCCUCCGUAGCUGCCAGCAGCAUCGCAUUAGGUUCAGACGGCAUGAAGUAUACGCCCGAUCGUCCGAAAAUGACGUUCAUUGGUGGUGUUAAACCAAACGAAAUGAAGUUUUCCUGUCGUACGAAUAUGGAGGAAAUAUGGGAUCUUAUAUCUAGUGGCCAGAAACUCGCAGAACCCGUGGAGAUUAAUUCUGGUGGCACGUUGACGCUGAGCCGGACAAAAAGCCGGGAACAUUCUAGCGACGAUAUGGAUAACACCUCAAGUUCCGACGACAGCGAUAUUGUGAGGCAGGAGGUGAGCGAGGCAAGGAAAAUGAGUUCGGACCGCUCGCACCGCAUGGUGCGCUCGAGGUACUACGUUACGUCGGCUUCCAUCCUGUUCUCCUUGCUGAAUUUUCUAAAGUAUGCGCACUAUCUUGACGAUGAUGCCGACAAUUCGGAGCCACUGGUGCACUACAACACAAGGGAUUUGCACUACCUCUCUCACGUGGUGCUGCGAGUAUGGUGGAGCCACGGAAAAAACGGUGUGCCAGACUAUCGCGUCGAGAUUCUCGUCAGCCCAGGCGCCAGAGAUGGUUUCGGGCAAAACUACGGCAUCUUGGCCAGCAAUGCGCGUUCUCAGAAGCACAAAUACAGGAGGCAUAUUUCGAGGUUCAACCUUGAUUAUGUCCGCGGACAGGUAUUAUGUAAACAGUGUGGAGACGUCAUCGACCCCGCUUUCGUCAGAGCACAAUUCAUGGAUAACAUACGGGUGAAGUCCUACCAAUCUGGAUUGCGUCGAUCCGCAUCCACGGCAAACCUGCGAUACAUUGCAAAAUAUGUUAAAGGUACGGAGCUGGAGUUCGACCCGAAGGGAACAGUCACAGAUAAUACUGUAUCUCGUGAAAGCGCGCGCAAAGGAUCAUGGUGGUAUCGUUGCCAGCGAUGCGCUGCAUCCAACGUAACCUCCAUAAUACGCGCGACGUCAAACGUGAAGAGCACUCGUAGCUCUACAACAUCGGAGCAUAGCGAGUCUCCGGCAAAAAGCAGAAGCACAUCUUCGUCGCGAGAUGCGUCAUUCUCUCCCACAUUCGGCUUUACGGAGGAGCAGCUCAAGCAACACCGCACAGAACACGGAGCUGCUGUGCCUCCCUACUGCGAACUUAGUCGGCUGGCGACCAUAAACUACAAUUGCGAUAUCAACCGGCUUGAGCAGUUGGUGAACAAGGUUAGUAUAUUGCACGAACCUUAUUGGUGA